AUGGCACAAGCACCAUCCCGUAAGGCUCUCAUUGCCAUUACUUCGGCCCACGCUCCCCUCUACCCCGACGGGAAGGAGACUGGGCUUUUCAUCACGGAGGCUCUGCAUCCAUUCAACGUGUUCCGCAAGGCAGGAUUCGAGGUUGAUCUCGUCUCCGAGACGGGAACGUAUCAGCCCGACUGGCUCUCGCAGCAGAAGGAUUGGCUGAACGAUGCCGACCGUGCUGAUUGGGAGAACCACUCUGGUGCAUUCCGCUCAAAGCUCGAUCGAUUGUUCAAACCGGCAGACAUCAAUGCGGACGAGUACGGCUUGUUUUUCGCAUCGGCCGGCCAUGCGUCCUUGAUUGAUUACCCUGACGCCAAAGGCCUGCAAACCGUUGCCGCCAAAAUCUUUGCGAAUGGCGGUAUUGUUUCAGCCGUAUGCCAUGGCGGCGCCAUUUUCCCCGGAAUCAUCGAUCCGGCGACGGGAAAGUCUGUCAUUUUCAACCGCCGUGUGACCGGCUUCACGACGCGUGGCGAGGAAGAGGAGAAUGUGCUGGAUACGAUUCAAAGCUGGAAGCGGCCGACUAUUGAAGCAUCUGCUGCUCAGUGCGGUGCGACUUACGUCUCCCCCGCAGGCCCGUGGGAUGCAUUCACCAUCACCGACGGCCGCAUCGUUACGGGCGCCAAUCCCGCCAGUGCGCACGUCACUGCAGAGGCUGCUGUCAAGGCGUUCAAUGCUUUGUAGGUAGGAAGUCAGGUCAUGUCAUCGAUCUCUGAAAAGUUGAAACCUGUUCGCAUAUGUCCAAAGGAUAAAUACAUUACAUUUAUAUGAACCAUGGAUCAUGGUGCAAUGCAGGGCAGUAGGAGAGUAAGAACAGUAUUUGUUAAUAAAAUCCAUCUUGCUAGUCACUGUCACUGGCCGACUUGUGUACGACGAUACGGGAAUGCUGUAUAACUGUAUAAGUAUACUGUAUAAAUCAAAUGGAAAUGGAAAUGAAAUGAAAUAGAGGUUAAGAUAUUGUAGUGUAUACAUUUGCUUGUGAAGUUGUGGGCAACGGACAAUUAAAUCUGCUGCACAAGAUACCUUGUCAUAGAGAUGUGGAUGUGGAUAGAGAGAGAGAGGAGAGAAAUCAAGAGCUGAUACAAAGCAAGAUGAACAAGACGAUAAAAUAUAGUUCCAUGCGAUGG